AUGGCUGGCCAGUCUAGUCUUUCUCCAAGUCCAUUAGAGUUGGAGUUAGCUGUGCUCAGUGUCCCUGGUGCUCCUCUUCAACUGCUCAUUCACUCCUUCUCCCUUAUUCUACUUUCUCCUGAUCUUAUGUUCUCCCUUUUUCAAGGGUUUAAUCUCUUGCUGCUCUCCUUGCUCCUGAACAAAGCUGUCAUCUGGGGGUUCCCAUGGCCUCGAGGGCAACCUCCCCACGGUUUGCUGGACAUGAGGAGUGAAUUCAAGAUCAGCCUAAGGCUUGCCAGAAAGCUGCUUUCAGAGAUCCGGAGUAUUGCCCACCUCUUCGCAGAUACACAUCUGGUUGGGGUGUCCUUGGACUUACUACCCCUGGGGGAACAACUUCCCAAUGUCACCAUGACAUUCAAGACCUGGCUUCAACUUUCAGACCCAGAUCGACUUUGCUCCCUUUCCACACUUCUGGGUCACUUCCAGGCUCCUCUAGGAGAACUAGAGAGCCACCAGGGCUGGAAGGGUACCCUGAGGAAACGGCUGUGGGUUGCUCAGCUGGACCUUAGGGACCUGCAGUCACAUCUCCAUUUCCAGAUGAAGGCUACAGGAUACAGUCCUCUGGAGGAUAAAGAAACACAGAGUCCAGAGGAGAGGGCCUUAGGAAGACUUUCUCUCACUGUGCACCAAGUUUCCUGGCCGCAGCUCCUGAGUACCUACCAGCUUCUCCGAUCCCUGGAGCUAGUCCUUGCCCGAGCUGUCCGAGAUUUCCUUCUGCUCUCAAAGGGAAUUACUCACACACAGUCCCUGGCUGCUUAAGAAGUACUGUCUUCAAUCAAGCAUUGAUGACCCUUUACUACCUGUAUCACUUUCCAGGAUUGUUUUUCUCCCUCCCUUACAUUUGGUUUCCAACCUGAGGCCAAGCCCCCUGCCCUGAGCCAUUUUGGAGGGAGAGAUCCCAGAUUUUAGGCUAAGUACCCAUCCCCUGCCAGUGGUAUCAUCUCUGGUUAGGAGACUGGCAUAUGCCCCUUUGGUUCUCUCCCACCUCACCUUCUAAGCCCAUUCCUGUCCCAUAAUUUAAGAGUCCUUCUAGUUCAGGGAAGAUAUUUAUUUCUUGGAUAUUUAUUUAUUUUUCAGGAAAAAUGUUGGUUGUAUUUAUUCUUUUUUGCAAAAAAAAAAAUUGGGGAUAGUCUUCCUUCUGCUUCCUUGAGGAACUCAGAGAGUGAGAUCAGAUACUCAUUCUUGGGCAACCUAAUAAUAAACACUCACAACCCCUCUCCAUCUCUUUCUUCUCUGAGUGCAUA